UGAAGUCUAUAAAAGAGUUUUGCCCCAACCCCCAUAGCCGAAAGACAGUCUUCUUCUUCUUCAUCUCCUCCAACUGCAACAUUUCUCUCAACUCUCAUGAAAACUCUGUCUGUAAUGUCUGUUCAGAAUUAAUUUCUUCUCCAGAUAAAACCCAUUUCUCAAAAUUCAAUUUUAAACAAACCCAUUUAACCUUUCUUCGAAAAAGGUUUCCGCUUUCUUGUUCCCACUUUCUGUCGGAAUCCGAUCAAACCAUGAAGAGGCACAGAGGUUUCAAGAUCGGACAAAGGUUCGUUAAGAUCUUCAAAUGGAUAGUCCGACCCAGAAGAAUCAAACCUGGGAAACACCGUUACCCCACCCGAGUCCUCAACCCGGUCACUAGAAUCUGUUCUUUAGCUCGGUGUCUCCGUCGUGGGGCCAAGAGACUGUGCGGCAAGAACACGGCUCCGGCUCCGGGUGCGGGUCAGAUCCUACUGGGUAAGGAUCCGAAUUCGGCGGCGGUAGUUCCGAAGGGGCAUUUGGCGGUAUACAUAGGCGAAUCAGGAGGCGACACGCGCCGAGUUUUGGUGCCGGUGAUACACUUCAACCACCCAUUGUUCGGAGAAUUGCUGGAGCAAGCGGAGCAGGUUUACGGGUUCGAUCAACCGGGUCGGAUCACGAUCCCGUGCCGGGUCUCUGAUUUUGAGAAGGUUCAGAUGAGGAUCGCCGCAUGGGAUCACUGCCGCAGGAAGCGGAGUUACAAGAUUGUCUGAUGCGACUUUUAGUUUUCUCAAGGUGAAAAAAAAACGGUCAAAAGAAGAAAGAGAAGAAUAGGGAAAGGUACAAAAUUUGGGUUUUUUGUUCUGUGAAUAUUUAUUUAGUUUUAUCUGAUCUUAUAUACAUGAAUACAAUUAUUGAUAUACCAUAUACUCGACAAAUUGUUCGUUUGGAGAAUUAAUUGUAACAAUUUGUUUCAUUAAAA